CUUCUUGUUGUCCUCUUUUUGAUUCUCCUUAUCUUCUUUCUCAUUUGCCAUUCCCAACCCGUCUUCAACUCUCCUGAACCCGCCGGGCUGUCAGAAAAUAGAUCCGAAACCACGCACUUUAGUAUACGGAGUCCCUCCCCCAUUUGAUGAAGUUUAUCCACUAAUCCAGAAUUACCCCGAGUUCUAUUCCGUUGAACAUUUUGCCUACACCCGGUUGCAUAUUUGUUAUCUGUCAUUUCCUAAAAUACCAAGGAAAGCAUUGUCCUCGUUGAAGCCGUCUGUUCUUCCAACUAUCACUCGCACAGGCACCCCACCUCAUCUCGCCUCACCUCACCUCACCUCAUCUCAUCUCACCUCAUCUCAUCUCACCCCAUCUCUUUUCCUACUCGAGAAAUUAAAACCUUCUCUUCCUUCAAGCAUGACUAGAAAAACUACAGAAAAAACCACUGGCGCAUCUUUUUCCUUAAACUCAGAUAUUGAUCAGGCGCAUAUACUCCAUCCAAACAAGAAAAGAAAGGCUUGUAAUAUUCCCAUAUCAAGUUCUCAUACGAAAAAGUCGUCCAUUACUUCGACAGAUUCAGCAACGUUGGAGAACAAGUCGAUGAAAGAAACACAUGACUUGAAUAUGCAUCGAAGUAACAACUUAGGUUUCAAUCAUCGCAAGAAUACACAAAAAAUCGAGGAGAAUUUUUUAAACAAAAGUGAUGAAGAUAGAACAAGGUUAAAAUCAGAAGUAAAGGACUUCCAUCCAAAAUAUGAACUUUUAUUACCAAAUUUAUUCCAGACGACGUGGAUAAAUUAUGGGAAAUUUGCAACAGAGCUGAAUUCGAAUUACUCAAUAGCGAUCAAAUGCUUCGAAUCGGCAAUUAAAUAUAACCCUUCAAAUCUAGAAACAAUCAACUUAUUGGUAGAUUCUUUAGUCAACAGAGACUAUGCAACGGGUAGUGUUAACGGUAUUAAAAGCGCAAUCGAUCUAAUAAACUCUGCAAUGGUAUCAUACCCUGAGAUAAGGGAUGAUACAAAAUUAUGGGCCAAAUUGUCGGGCAACUAUUUAUUAAUUAAUGAUAUCGAAAAGGCGCAUUCAGUCAUUCAAACUGCUUUAGAAUUUGCAAAAAAUGAUCCACUACUUUGGUUUUCCCUCGGAAAAUGUUUACUCAAAAUGAACGCUUUAAAAGAGGCAGUAGACGCUUUGGGAAAUGCAUCAUUUUUACUUCCUAAAGAGCUGACAGAUGACGCUGAAGUUAAUAUCGCCAGGAAUAUUCAUCUUGAGAUGGCAUCUAUAGCUCUCAAUGACCGAGAUCUGAAUUCUGCUAAAGAUGAACUGGGAUUAGCUCUGUCGCUACCGGCGCCAACAGAUUCCCAGAGUAUAGAUAUGUGCAUUGCUAUGAUACGCCAUUUGGUGGUAUCAUUUGAAAGAUCUAAUGAUCUGGUUGCCGCAGCAUGGAUUUGUGAGGUCGCAGAGUCAAAAUUUUCAGAAGAGCCUAUUAUUCUUUUGCUUCACUCAUAUCUACUCUUAUCGCCAAAUAAGUCAUUAUUUAACCCGAGUAAAGCAAGAAGUUUGUUGCAUAACAUCAUACAAAAAGAUAGAUAUUACAUCAAGUCCGACAAUGUUGUUGAUUUUAUUCAAUCUUCAAAUGGCGAUUUUCUACCAUGGUUGCUGCUAUCAAAAUGCUACGAUUUUUUGGAAAACUAUAAUAUUGCAUUUGAUUGUUUGGAAAUAUCAGCCAGAAAAAUCACUUAUCCGGCGGAGUUGCCUAUUUUUAGAUCUCUUGCUAAUAGAAUAUUGGAAGCUUCGGAUAAUGAUUCAUUAGGAGAAGAUGUCAAGGCCUUCAUUAAUGCUCUGGAUUCAAGUCCUCAAACAGGACGCGUUAUACCAUUGAUGGAUUUGAUACUGAUGCCAUAUGACGAAAGAAUCAAUUACUUUGAACGUAGAGUAUCUGCAACACACGAUGAAAGCAAGAGUAAAAGAAGAAAAAGUACUGCUGGCGGAGCGACCGGAAAACGGAAAAUUGAUGAAGUUAUCAGUAAUGAUUCCAAAAUAUCUUCACCGAAACGAGUAUAUUAUGACUUGACAAGAGAUGACAGUUUGCAAUCAAAUUCGAGAGCUUCAGUCUCUGCUGAAAUUCCACGUCCACCUUCGGCUCCUCCUAAUAUUCGAUCAACGCCUCAGAUCGUGUCACCUUUAUUGUCUUCUCAGGUACAGCAGCAAACACCGAUCCAAACACAGCCACAACACCAACCGCAACAACAGCAGCAAAUGUAUUCGGUGAUUCAAGGACCAGUUUAUCCAAAUCUUACAACCCCAGCAAGUCUGUCUCAGCCUGUUGCAUUUUCCGUCAGAACUAUGCCGCAGCAACAACAGCAGCAACCACAACAACAAAAUUCACAAUGGGCACAUGUCAAUUCUUAUCCUCAAAACAAAAACGUCCAGUACAAUAACAUUGGGCCCCAGAUAGUUUCAAACCACGAGUCGGCAAUAUUCAGCCCUGCUGAUACCAAUAUACCUACUUUAGCAGAGAACAACGUUUCCGGUGCUAAUAGAAAUAUAAGUAAUGGGCGCCUGACUUCACCAGCGGAAUUACACUUUCAGCAAGAAAGGCAAUACAUUCCAAUGGUGCAUCAACCGCCUCAUGCUCAACCAAUACCACUCCAACAUCAGUCUCGACAACUAAUACAGCCAAAUAUGUCUACACCCCAGCAUCAAGUUCAAAUGAUGGAGGUUCCUCAGCCUGGACAGCCUGGACAGCCCAGAUUUCAAGGUAUCCCCGGUGCAGCAGGUCCUCGAAUGGUUGGACCUAAUGGACAAAUAAUACAGCAGGUGCACCUUAUCCAAGGCCCAGCUCAUAACCAAGUUCGGCAGGGAGGCUCCCGGGUGUCUUCAAAUGGCCAAGGACAGUUGCCUGUUCAUGGUCAAAUGCCAGGUUCUAUAGAAGAACAGCGUGUUCAGUACGCCAAUGCCCCCGGUCACCCCCAGAUGUCGAACCGAUUUGAUUAUGCAAGACAGCCUAGUAAUAUUCCUCCCCCUGGAAUGGUUAAUAGUACAUACAUAGCUUACGAGCAGCCCGGUAGGCAUUCCAUUGACGAGCAGAUGAGAGUGGAGCAGCAGCAGCAGCAGCAACAGCAACAAGCACAGCAAAUGCAUCACGUGCAAAUGCAAGUGCCACCAGAAGGCAUGCAAAUGUCUCCCAUGAUACAGUCCCGAGGUCCACCCAUGAUACCUGGUCCGGUAUCGGGGAUGCAAUACAACCGGUAUUAAUGUGUACGAAUAAUUGAAUGUAUUAUAAGUUUCGAGUGCUUUUUUUAUAAAUAAAGACGCGUCGUUUUCAAUCCUCUUACUAAGCUGAGUCGCAAUGAUGGGAGCCCAGCAACAUGAGGAAGAUGAUGAUGUAACUGUACUUAU